CAGCAAGUGACUGGACUUAACAAGUGAGAAGUGUCAAUCAACCGAAAUGAAGGUCGCUUUCGCUCUCGUAGUUCUCGUUUCAGGUUUCGUCUCUGCACAAGCUUUACAAUGCUGGGUUUGUACAAACGCUAAGUCGAACGCACAUUGUCUUACUGAAGGGCACCUGCAAUCCUGCCAACCGAAUGAAGAAGCUUGUCAAAACGAAGUGAGGACUGACAACUUCGGAUUGAGGAUAACAAAGCGUUGCAAGCAAGCACAUGCAUGCGACAAUAACUUUAUACAGAAUCCAAGACCGGCUUGGUAUCCGGCCCAAUGCAACCCCAAAGUACGUCACACAGUUUGUAGAUGCUGUUGUGACUUCAAUGAGUGCAACCGACCUGCUUUAUUCUGCCUUGAUCGCGCACCUGAAUGCCCACCGAUCGGCGCUCCCAGGUUCGGCCGAAGAGACUGUGUUUUCCAAAGCACAUUCGUCGAAGUCGGAAGUGUGUGUUCUUUUACGUGUAACAGAGGUUACAGGCUACAAGGAGACGUUACAAGCACUUGUAUAGCAGAUGCAAACAAUGCGACUGCCGCAUUCAAUAACCCAGUACCAGUUUGUGUUCCUACCACAUGUAAUCCACCCCAACGGGCUCCAGGUAACGGUCGAGUGACUUGCACGAACGAUAACUUGCUGGGCAGUGUGUGUACGUUUUCUUGCAGAGGAGGAUAUUUCUUAAGUGGCAGCCAAAGAACGACUUGCGGAGCUGACAACAGUUGGGACAACGCCCCACCCACCUGCAUUAAGAUAACAUGUCGUCCACCUUACACUAAUCCAACCAACGGUCGUGUUGGUUGCAGUGACAGGAACAACGAAGGCAGUAUUUGCGAAUUUUCCUGUGAUGUUGGCUACGCUAUGAUUGGUGCAGCAGUGUCCACGUGCAUUGAUGACGCAGACAAUGACGAGUUUGGAAUCUGGAAUUCUCCAGCACCGAUUUGUCAACGCAUCACGUGCAUUCCACCACACACUGAUCCGUUAAACGGUCGCGUCGUCUGCCUCGACAUGAACUAUGUUGAUAGUUCUUGCUCAUUUACUUGCGAUGCUGGAUUUGCUUUGGUCGGUGCGGAAGUUUCAACAUGCUUGGAUGAUUUUGAUGGAAACUUGCUGGGCGCUUGGAGUUCUAUUGCCCCGACUUGCCAGCCAAUUGUGUGUCUACCGCCGCACAUCAAUCCAGCCGACGGUGCAGUUUCUUGCACGAAUUCCAAUUUCAUGGCGAGCCAGUGUUCUUUUAGCUGCUCUGUCGGAUUCGCAUUGGUCGGUCCACCAGUUUCAACUUGCAACGAUGACUUUAACGGAGAUACGUUAGGCGCGUGGAACAACAUCGCACCCACUUGCCAACCCAUUACCUGUAUUCCGCCACACACCUCACCAGAGAACGGCGCAGUCGUGUGUAGUAAUGCUAACUUCUACGCCAGCGAAUGUGUGUUUGAAUGCGACACCGACUAUGUUUUAACUGGAGAAUCAGCUUCAAGCUGUUUGGAAGGAGUGCCCGGAGAUACUGUCGGCGCGUGGAGCUCUCUUGCGCCAACCUGUGAACGAAAGCAAUGCGCAGCACCCCCAAGCCCCCCGACUAACGGCUUCAGAGUGUGCACAGACGGCAACUUUAUCGGCUCCCAGUGCGAAUACGGAUGUGACGCAUACCACACCCGGGUUGGUCCACUUUACUCUACAUGCGUAGAAGGGUCGGAUGGAAACCUUGUUUUUGACAACCCCGCACCCGAGUGUCAACCUAACCAGUGUCCAGAGCAAGGGCCACUUAGACACGGUCGUAUGACGUGUUCGGAUGCGAACAACGCCCCAUCAACAUGCUUGUUUCAAUGUGUGGAUCCUGGUUACCAACUCUACCCAGCAGAUAUGACACAAAACACUUGCAGAAACGACUCACAGUGGAAUUUACCGAAACCUUGUUGCGCUCGACCUUGUCCACCAUUCGCUUUAAUGGAUGCUGUUUUCAUACUUGAUUCGUCGUCGUCCAUUGGAACCGCAAACUGGGUCACUAUGAAAACUUUCGUCCGCAACGUACUCGGGUCAUUCGUGCUGGCUCCAGACGCAGCUCGUUUCUCAGUUUUUAGAUACAACCGUCAUGUUGACAACACCACUCAAAUUCUUCUCAACGAGUUCGAAAAUGACAUCGACCUCUUUUUAAACAAGUUUGAUGACAUCCCAUAUGAUGGCAGUGGAACCUGGACAGGUCAAGCACUGAGACACGCCAAAGACACCAUUCUGCUCCCGGGUAAUGGAAACCGACCCGGAGUCAAAGACGUUGUCCUUAUUAUUACAGAUGGUCGCUCCCAAGAUGACGUCAGAGAAGUUUCCCAGCAACUGCGAGCACAAGGGGUUUUGACGUACGCCCUUGGUAUUGUACCUCCUAUUGGGAGUUUGGACGAGACACAACUGUUAGAUAUUGCUGGGUCUCAAAGCAACCUUCUUAUUGCUACAAGUUUCAGCACUUUGGACCAGCAGUUCUCCAAUCAACUUAGCUCACAGAUCUGUGGCAAUCCCUGCCCGGAUGAAUAAAUGUGAUUCCGCGGUGCAUACAAAUUUGCAAGAUCAAAUUUACUUUCAGAAUAUAUAUUUCCCCCAUAUACGGUCCAAUGUAGAUAAAUUGCAAUGAUAGAGUAGUUUUAUGAAUUUUAAACAAACUGCCUUACUUAUAUAUAUAUAUAUACAUACCAAUAUUGUAUCUAAUUCUACAAAAACGUUUUCGACAUUCGUGUUCUGUAAUCACCCGUUUUUGUGAUUUGGGUGUUUAGUUUACUUUACGCGCUAUAUAUGUAUCUUUCGCACAUUGAUAUCAAUAAACUAACUCCGAUCAUA